UAGUUCUCUCUGAAACGCACGCGAGCAAGCAAACUAGCGACGGAAAAAUAAUGGACAAUAAUGCGCUCACCUAGUGCUAACGAGGUUACCGAUGCGCAAAAAGAAAUCUAAACAAUGCCUGAACAUUUAGUUCAACAUGGAAUUUGAUAAUUUAAAAGUAUUACCUCUCCACAAGUAUCCUGAAUACCUCAAAGAAACCUGCGAUCUCAUAAAUGACGAAUGGCCAAGAAGCGAAACUGCCAGAAUGAUGUCACUGCGAGCAUCGUCCGACAACCUUCCUUCUAGUUUAAUUCUGAUCAACGACAAGAAAUUAGUUUUAGGACAUUGUAAACUCACACCAAUACCUACAAUGCCAGAAAGUUGUUUCAUAGAAACUGUAGUUAUUAGCAAAUCUUUUCGUGGUAUGAAGUUGGGUACAUAUUUGAUGAGGAAAGUCGAAGAGCAUUGUAAAAAUAAACUUGAUUUAAGCAUGAUACAUUUAUCUACAAAAGGACAGGAGAGCUUUUACGAAAAAUUAGGAUAUAAAAUUUGUGCGCCUGUAUCAAUUUACGGUACUCGUAUACCGAAUUAUAGACCUACGGAGCCUAGCCAUAAGGAAACCCAAGUGCCAGUAAGGAGUGCCCCUUCAACAGGGGCUCCGCCACCGCCGCCGCCCCCACCGAUGCCAAGAAACGAAAAUUUGAUCAACAAUAACAUUGUAAAAACUAACAAGACUUUUAUGUUCAAGUAUUUAAGUAAAGUUUAGACUUAGACAUUUCGUAUUAAGUUUAAAUAAAUUGGAAACUGCGCCGGAAUAAACGGGUUUUCUAAAGAGAAUAUGCGCCUGCGAGAAAAUGCUGGCAAUACUUACUAAAAAUUCCCAAAAAUUCAACAAGCCAAUGUAAUUAUGUCUUAUCUCUUUGCAACAAGUGACGUCGCACUGUUAAUACAAUAGUGUAUUAACUCAAAAAGUGUAUUUUCUCAGAACCGAUGACAAACGAAUUACUCG